GACCUGAUGUCAAAUUUAGCAUAACCUAACUUCACGUAGCGGUUCUGCAAUAUGAUUUUUAUAUUUUUAAUUGAAUAGUUUUAUUCCCAUAAAUGGAAAACAAAUAAAUAUGAGACAUGAAUAACUUGUGAUAUCUGUGAAUCAUUCUGAGAAAAUAUUUCCAAUUUCAUAUUGAAUUCUAACGGUUCGUGAUUGUCGAAUGAGCUUGUUUGGCGAGUAACUGUAUCUUCAAAUAUUUUUUCUGAAAUGUUCUGGAAUUUUAUUUUAAUCAAGAGAGUGGCAGUGAUCAGUAGUUGGACUAAAUGAAUACAAAGAUGGCGCACGGUAGCGGGACGGCGCCGCGACGCCACGAGACCGCCAACCGGUUCCCGGACACGGAGUGGGAGGCGAAGGAGGCGCUCCGCCAACGGGAGUUGGAGGAGGCUCGAGCCCGCGCUGCCCAGAUGGAGAAGACUAUGCGCUGGUGGUCUGACUGCACCGCCAACUGGCGCGAAAAGUGGAGCAAAGUAAGAAACGAGCGCAACAAGGCCAGAGAAGAGGCUAAACUACUGAGAACACAGCUGGACAACUCGAUGAAAGACAUGAACACGUACAAGCGCGAGAAGCAAGAGCUGGAGGUUCAAAACGAGCAGAUGCGCAAAGAACUGGAGAAAAUCCACCUGCUGCUGUUGAAGCACGCCGGCCAAUGGGACCAUCAGCUACUGGAGGCACUGGAGAGUGUGGAGGCCGAUGUGGAGAAGGACGUGCAGGCCUCGGUGGAGAGCAUCUCCAGUGGCAUCGCCGAAGAGGAUAAGACUUCCGUCGAAAAGGACUCCGGUAUUGAGGAGUAUGUCCUACAAGGGGCUGUGCCCAAACAUGCUGUUGAACUGGAUGCUGAUGGUGAUGCGGACAGUGCGCAGUGUGACGAAUGUGGAUCGAGUGUGAGUGUGAGUGCUGUCGUCGAAAAAGAAAGAACUCAGACGUCGACGUCGCUAAUCAACGAUGGUCUGUCCACUCCGCCCCCCGACGACGAAAUGCUCAGACAGAAUCUGUCCAUGCUGCAGCUGCGGCUUGAUGAGGCUACUAAGACUUUACUCGCUGAAAGAGAGGAGAAGACGUGCCUGCACCGCAGCCUGGAGCGUCUGGAGGGAGAGCUAAACGAGCUGAGGGAGAAGUGCGAGGACUUGAAGCUGUCCAAGCAGGAGGCAGUGCGAGACCUGCUGCAGUUGCAGGACCAGCACCAGGACACGGUCGCCACCAUCCAGGCCGACCUCAUGGACGAGGCCAACUCCAGGGAGGGCAUGGACCGACGUCUGGCAGACCUGCGCGCGCAGCUGGAGCGGCUGCAGGCGGAGAACGCGUCAGAGUGGGGCAAACGGGAGCGACUGGAGACUGAGAAGUUGGCACUCGAGCGGGAGAACAAGAAACUGCGCGGCGAGAUGAGGGACGCACAGGAGCGGCUCGAACGCAAGGGCCGCCCCGGACUCAACGCUGACACCGAACUCAGGCAGCUGCAGCAGGAGGCCAGUGAUAAGAACAAGGAAAUCGGGGAGCUGAAGCACUCUUACAGUAAGGUGAAGAAAGCGCUGGCUGACAAGACGACGGAGCUGGCCCACGCAGUGCGCCGAGCCGAGCAGUACGAGUCGGAGGUCAAGCGUCUGCGCAGUCGCGUCGAGGAGCUCAAGAGAGAGCUAGCCGUCGCUGAGGAUGACGUCGACACGGCUACCAACAAUAAUAGGAAAUUGCAACGUACCAAUGACGAGUUACAGGAGCAAUUGGAGAAUCUUCAAGUACAACUAGAACAUUUACAUACACGUGAGGAACCUGAGGCGCCAGCAAGUGAUGAAGACCCUCUGCUCACAGUGAGCGGCGAUAAUUGAACCAAAGAACAUUUAGGAUUUGUAUUUUGAAGCGUCACAGUAUUUUUAUAUUACAGAUUAGUUAGGACCAAAUAUUGUUGAACAGGAGUGAUUUCUGAGUUGUCCAAAUCAUCACUUAUUUCUGUCUACAGAAUAAUUUAAUUCACUUUGGAUUUAUUAUGAAUAAUGUGCUAGAUUAUUUAAAAAAACACAGUUCUAUUUUUGUUCAAUCCACAGACAUAAUAUCAAACAAAUAAUAUCAAUUAGCUGUUUAUACUUUGAAAAAUUGUUUAUUUGAACAUUUCAAGUAGCACAACAUUAAUGCAUUCUCUACAAAUUUCAACGAAUAACUUUUGCCUAGUUAUUCAGCCCUGACAACUUUUCCCAAUUUGUUUCUUUAGCUAUUUCAAUCAAACUUCUGAAUUUUUAUUACUAUUCUUUGAAAUUUUGAUGGAAUUUUAUAUAAAAAGCUCAUCUAUCUCUUGAAAAUAAGUAUUACCACCAUAAAUUCACGUAAGGAAGUUGUUUCUCUUAUUUUUUUAUUUUAGGUAAAAAACUUGAAACCUUGUGUAUACUAUAAAUUCUUCCAGAAUGUAUAAUGUACACAAGCAUUGAUAACUCUUGGGCUUGCUAAUUUUAAAUUUUCGGUAGGUUUUAUAAUGUAAAUUGUAGAUACUUAUUUUAUCAAGCAUGAUAUAAUUCCAUCAUAAUUCAUGCAGCUCUUAUUAAUUAUUAUGAUGAUGUUUGAACUACCCAGUCCUAGUCUUAAUGGUAACAAAUCUAUAAAAUACUGGAAAAAACUCUUACAAUAAUUAUGUCAGAAGGUGAGUAGAGGCUCAAUAAUAUAAGCAUUAAAUUGGUUUUAAUUAUCAAACAUGAGUUUAUUCUCAUGAUUCUUCCAGUUAUUUGCAUAAACUUCAUUACUAAACUAUCAAACUUAUCAGACCGAAAAAGUAUGUUCUCUCCAAUUAAUACCUGUAAUUCCUGUAUUUUUUCACUAUUAAUCACUUAUUGUGCUUAUUUUAAAAUAUGAUACGAAUGAAUAACAUAAAUUUGAUGGUAAAACAUUAUAUUUUUAUUUGUUACUUCCCAACAAAGGCUAUUUAAUAUUAUUGAUUUCCCGAGUAACUUAAAUUCUCAUUCCGAUUCUUCUCUACAUUGUAAUUAUUAAUGUCAUGGGUAAGCGGCAAUACUAAUCUAAUAAAAUAAUGUUACCUUGAAAAAAUAAACUUCAAGCAUAAUAAUAUAUUAUUGAUAAUAAUAUUGUAAAGUUUGAUGGUGUUGCACAAAUCUGAAAUUUCAAUAAUUUGAUUAGGCUUCUUCUCGCGAAGCAUAGUUCUAAACUUUCAAGGAAGUAUUACAAUGUAUUCAGUGUGAAUUUUAAACAGCAAGUAUUAUUAAAGUGUAUUUACAAACGUAUACCGAAUAAUGUACAAUUUACCUCAAUGUGUGGAUUAUUUUUCUUAGAUUGUAUAAAAUAUUUGUAUCGUAUAAAACUUUUUAAGAUCUCUUUUCAAUAUUGUACGUUACAUAAUUAUACGUACUGUGGAAUAAUGUAAUCAUAUAAUAAAUUGAUUCAAAUAGAAUUAACGCAUCUGGAGGACUGAACUAUUCAAAUUUCAAGGUUCCACAAUAUGAGUUGCACUGUUGAAAACGAGAAAAUAUAUUAUUAUUACAUUAACUGUGGAAAGUCUGUGAUCAGUAGACUACUAGUCAUCAAAGUUUAGCUUUUCCAUUUGUUGAAUUUCUUGCUAUAAAUGUGUCAAGUAACUCAAUCUUAGUAAAUGUGGCUAGUGAUUUUACCUUUGCACAAUCUUUCUGCUGUAGGAUGAAUCUUAUCAUUUUGAAUCUGUGUUAUUGUGCACACACAUAUUUUUUAUACGUUCUGUGUUAAAGUAGUAAAGCUGUGUACUUGGACGAGUUUUGUGUUCACGAAUGUAAUGUGUAGAUGAAAUAUAAUGCAAUUGAAUGCGAAA